AUGUAAUCUUAAUGUGUAAAAUCUAAUGGAAGUAUACUUCUGGAUUACUUCAAGAGUCUUGGUUAGGAGGAAUGGAAUAUCAAUUUGGCCCAGUAUUCUAAACUAGUCGAUUUUAGAUUGACUCAGAAUGUAAUAACAUUCGUUGAGGUUCAAAACUUUUAUGCAUUUGAGGAUCAAAAGAAUUUCCUUUAAAUGCACUCACAAACCUAAUGGACAGACCAAGAAUGGAAAAUAUUGAUUUGGAUUGUGAUAUCAUAUUGCACGAUGAAUAAAAUGAAUCUUUUAAAAAUGAAUGAUUGGGAGAUGGUUGAGAAGUUGAUAAAAUUCAAAAAUGGUUUAAAUUGUUAAUAUAAAUGGCUAUGUCAUGUGAUUGCAAGAGAAGAUAGAUUGCAAUGGACUUAAGAAGAAGAGCAAAUGUUGAAGGAAGAAGUAGAGAAUAGCAAAAUAUUGAAAUGGCACGAAAUACAAUUUUAGAUAUUCAUGAAAUCAAAUGGGAGAUAUUUUAAGAAAGCCAAAUAAUGUAGAGAGAGAUGGAACAAUUAUUUAGAUCCUCAAAUAAAUAGGAGCAAUUGGAAACCAGAGGAGGAUCUCUGUUUGAUGAAGCUAGCACAAUCUGAAGGUCUGAAAUGGUCCAAGAUCUCUUAUAAAAUGAAGAAUAGAACUGAGAAUUAAGUAAAAAAUAGAUUUAAGAGUCUAAUAAAUAAGGAAACGAAGGGAUAUUAAUAAUAGCAAGAAAUAGGUGUUCUAAUAAACAACAUAAUAUAAAAGUUAAUUCUCUCACAAAGUAGUUCUACUACUAAUGGAUACAUGCAGGAAGAAAAACCAUAAAAAGUAAUCUGUCUAGAUGGUAAUAUCAAUUACUUAUAAUAACAAUAAUAUUUGAUAUACUAAUAUUAGUACUAUUUGGCAUAACAACAAUAUUAAAUGUGUUAUAGUUACUAUUAGGGUGAAUAAUCAGUGAAAAGUGAAGAAUGCCAAUCCUAGAAGAUCUCAAGAUCAAAUAGCUUUUGCGGCUUAUUAGAUAAACUAUCCUUAGACUCAAAGUCUUUGACUCAAGAAUUGAACAAAUAAUAUGCGUAGGAAAUUGAAGUUCCUAUAAAUAAUAUCACAAAAUCAUAGUAGUUGAUUACUAUUCCUAAUUUCAUAACUGAGAAUUAAGGGAAAGUCAAAUCUAACAAACAAAGAUUCAAGUUCUCUUCUGGAGAUUAAUGA